UCUGUGGCUCAGUAUUAUUGCUCAGAAAGCAGCCACCAUGGGGAGUUAAGGGGAUACUCGACGGGUUAUUUUCGUUAAUAUUUAAUAUCAGAAAGUUAUCCAUAUGCUGCGUUUUGGGGCACACAGUUCACGCCAGUAUCCCCAAUGCAGUGGAUUACGGGGACCGGGCUUUCAGAGACGGGUGAAUUGUUUUCCAGCAAAAUCAUUGCAAGAGGCGAAGAUCUGACCUCUGCAUUGUGCAACCAGAGACAUGAGUGUUGUCAGAGAAUUACAUGGGAUUGGGUACAGGGGCGGCGGCGGCGGCGGUGGGGUUGUGGCCUCUCUGAGCGGCCCUACCCACUUUACCGAGGAUGCUCCGCGACCCCCGGUUCCUGGUGAGGAGGGAUCUGAUGUGGACCCCCCAGUCCAGUCAGCCAACACCCGUCCUAACGCCCUUUCCCAAACUCUUGGGUAUCCCACUUCAUCCUCAUCCUCUAAAAUGGGGGAUCCAUCGAGUUACACACCCUCCUCCUCGUCAGCGACCCCGCGCCGCCCUGAUCUGGACUUGGGAUAUGAACCCGAGGGCUCGGCUUCACCAACUCCACCUUACCUGAAGUGGGCAGAGUCACUUCACUCUCUCCUAGAUGACCAGGAAGGCAUCCAGCUGUUCCGAAACUUCCUUUGCCAGGAAGGGUGUGCGGACCUUCUUGACUUCUGGUUUGCUUGCUCGGGGUUCAGGAAGACAAGCCAGGAGAGGAGGGCAAAGCUUGCCAAGGUCAUCUACAGGAAGUACAUUGUGGACGGCGGUGGGAUUGUCUCCAGGCAGAUCAAAGCAGCGACCAAGAGCUUCAUCAGAGACUGUGUUGGAAGGCCACAACCAGACCCUGCCAUGUUUGAACAGGCUCAGACAGAGAUCCAGGCCAUGAUGGAGGAGAACACCUACCCUUUGUUUCUGAAGUCUGAUCUGUACCUGGAGUACACACGGACAGGAGGGGAGAGCCCCAAGCCUAACCCAAGUGAUCAGAGUCCUUCAUCGGGUCUAGCAAAACCUGUGCCUGGGUACUUACCCACACUUGCUGAGGAUGAGGAGUGGAGGUGCGGAGGAGGAGGUGUGAGGGAUGUGGAGGAAGAGAAAGAUGAAGACGAGUGUGGAGACACACCAGCUAGUAGGCUGACUCAGAGCCUGCUGAUGCAGACAGCACCGCAGAGAGCCACGACGAACAGGAGGAAGCCGGACAGCAGGGAGUACAGAACAUGGCGGGAACCGGUUAACCCGUACUACGCAAACAUGGGCUAUGCUCGUGCUCCAGCGACCAGUGCCAAUGACAGUGAGCAGCAGAGCAUGUCCAGCGAUGCGGACACACUGUCACUCCCCGACAGCAGCGUAGAUGGUAUUCCUCCAUACAGAUAUCGGAAGCAGCAUCGUAAAGAGAUGCAUGAAAGUGCCAAAGCUAAUGGACGUGUGCCCCUACCUCAUAUACCUCGCACGUAUCGCAUGCCAAAGGACAUCCAUGUACAGCCUGAGAGGUUUGCUGCGGAGCUUAUCAGCAAGUUAGAGACGGUUCUCAGAGAGAGGGAGGCUCAGGAAAGACUUGAAGAGAGGCUGAAGAGAGUACGACUGGAAGAAGAGGGUGAUGAUGCUGACAUCUCCGUGACAACCUCCAUGUCUUCUCAUAGCAUACCACUCCCCCUCCCCUCAUCAUUUCAACCUCUCUACGGCGCCCGUUACUCAGAGACCACUGCUAACACAGCAACGGUUGCCACAUAUGGCGGCCUUGUUGCCAUGGAGGAUUCCCUUGACGACGACCCAGAAUCUAUCCUGGAUGAGCACGUGCAGCGCGUGAUGAAAACGCCAGGCUGCCAGUCGCCAGGGGCAACCAACAGCACCUUAGGAGGAGGUCGACAUUCUCCUCCCAAAUCAUCACGUUCGCCUGAUGGGGGGAUUGGCCCUCCUCACUUCCCCCCUCACAGAGGGGGAGUGCACACUCUGCCUGUUCCCGGGGUCAAAGGUAUGCAUCACCACAAACCGUUGUACCACCACAGAGGAAGAGAAGGGCAGGAGGAGGCCGGCUCUAGGUCCCAGGCCAAUAUCUUAUGGAAUGGAGACCCAGCCAGCCAGUAUGCAGGGAGAAGUCGUAACUACGCCGAUGGAGCGGGAGCCAGCACGCUGGAGGGCAUGGGUUACAGUAGUAAAGGCAGCACACUAUCUCGGCGAGGUUGUAAGAAGUCGUCAGAGACACCUGGGAAAGUGGAUGACAGUGGGCGAGGCAUGGAGGGCCAGGUACCACUGGAUGAUCUGGAGAGAAAUCAGAAGAUCCUGCAGUGGAUGAUGGAAGGAGAUAGACAAAGGAAGAGCUCACAUGGCGGCAGCACCAGCAGCUCCAGGAGGACAGGGGCCAGCAGCGAAUCACCGCGUCCAACAUCAGUGGAGCGACCUGGAGCUGUGCACCCCUGGGUCUCUGCACAGCUGCGUAACAACCCCUCCUCCGUGUCCCCGGCCCUCCCUGGCUCUGUGUCCACGCAGGUCCAGCCCUCUCACCCAUUCAUCCAGGAUCCAGCUAUGCCACCCAACCCGGCUCCCAACCCGCUCACCCAGCUAGAGGAGGCUAGGAGGAGGCUUGAGGAGGAGAGAAGGAGGAAUGCGAUACAGCAGGCCAAGCAGAGGCACAAGUCUGGUAAGCGCCAAGUGUGUGACAACAUGACCGUUGCUUACUACUUCUGUGGAGAGCCUAUCCCAUACCGAACAUCAGUCAAAGGCCGUGUAGUGACUCUGGGCCAGUUUAAAGAGCUGCUUACCAAAAAGGGCCAUUACAGGUUCUACUUCAAGAAAGUGAGCGACGAGUUUGACUGUGGUGUGGUGUUUGAGGAGGUCCGCGACGAUGACGCCAUCUUGCCCAUCUUCGAGGAGAAGAUCAUCGGGAAGGUGGAGAAGGUUGACUGAAAUGUUUGGGAACAGGAAGAUGACAUGGAUCAUUUGAAAAAGAAAAGGAGAUGGGAAGAGAACUUUGGGAUUGGACCGAGAUUCAGCUGUGGGAAAACGUACGACAGAAAGUAGAAAGAUGGAAGGAGCAAUGUGUGACAGAAGGGAAUUGAGCUGCGUGGUAAAAGCUCAAGUAAUAAGGAAGUGGUUCAUUUUCACGGCAUAUCUGGAAAUCUGCAUCAUGCCUGGAUCAAACACACAUACUGCGAAGAAGAUCGGCCAGAUGAAACAGAAGCAAAGGAGAGGAACUUUAAUUAUUUCACCAUCUUGUCUCCACUGUGGAUAUAUGAGGAGCGCUGUUAAAAUCUGAUGUCUGUCCAGUCUUCCUCUACGAUGGAUGGAAAAGAGUGAGGGGGCUGCUGGGGGAGGAGAAAAGGAGUAAGUAGUCUUCCAUCUCUGCUCUGGAGGAGUCUGUCCUCCGCAGACCAUUUUGAUGCUGCUACAUUACCAUGGAAACUCUUCAAUCGGUGCUCGGGACAGUAAAUAAAGCAUUUUUUUUUUUUGUUGUUGUUCCAUUCGGGAGUCUCGCUGCCUUUUGCUGUCUCUGUUCCUCAUCAGCGGGGGGAGGAGAGAAGAGGACAGAGGAUUUUGGGGGGAGUGGAACUUUAGCCUGCUUCUCCUCUUGUCGACGUCAUAGCCUCAAAGGAGAAACUUUUCUCACCGUGAUUCCUAGAUGUCAUGUAGUGAUCUCUGACACCGACAUGUUCUCACAACAGUUCUCCACACAACUUGUUUACCAAAGCUACAUAUUUUUGAUAAGGCAAGUACCCUAGCUACUUGUUUCAUUUUAUUUGAAUUGUCUAUGUACAAGGCAGGUACUAUUACUUAUUAAUGAAGCCUAAUUUCGUUGUAUCUCGACUUUAAUGUUGUAUUAUUGUGUAUGUUUUGAAGCUAGUUCAUUAGUCAUUUCAGGGCAGCAAUGUUUUGUUUUCUCCUCUUUAUAACAUAUCUUCACCUCAGUUCUGUACUGUUAACUUUGAGUGUGCAGUUUUGUUCUCCUAAGUGAUGGAUUUUAAUUACCGUAAAAUCCGGAAUACAAGUCGCACCAGUAUGGUAUGUAAGAAGAAGUCUGUUUUUGAGGGUCUCCCAGAGAGGAAAAUGGUUGAAACUGUCUCCUGCGUGGCGAUUUGUAUCGUGCUCAGCAAAGUCAUCAACGUGCCGUUCCUGUGCAGCUGAAGUCGGCAGUUGUUUUUGCUUUGUGGAGUUUCCACUUCUACGAGCUACAGUGCGAUAGUUGAGCUACGGUGACAGUUGGACCCAAAGCCCACCAAUCAUGCUGCACAGCUCAGCUGGUCACUCGUUGACGUUACUGGGGAGUCUUUUCUAUCAAACCAGCACUCCACAAAGUUUUUUAUACUUAACAGUAAACCACUGUUUUCUUUUAAGUGCAUGACUUCAUGAGGGAGGAAAAAGGUUAAAAAGUGGGGCUGCCAGCCUGGUCUUGGACGCCAUGUAUCCCAGCACAGCUUGCAGUACACAAUGUAUAGAGGGAAAUUUUCAAUAGCGUCAGGUGGCGUGCAAUGUUGAUGGUGGCGGCGGCACUCACUGUAAUGAUGGCACGUGUGUCAGCCUUUUAUACUGGUAUAUUGGUUCGCACCGGUAUAUAGGACGUAGCCAACUUUUUAAAUGAAAAAAAUUGUUCUUAAAAAUGCGUCUUAUACACCGGAUUUUACAGUAAACCUUCAAAAAUACUCAUGAAAAAUAAAAACACACUAAAAUGUGUGACACCUUUGACCACACUAUCUAUUGUUUCUAACAGCUCACACCUCAUUUGUUUGUGUAACUCCCAAGCUCAGUCUAGGUGCCUGCCUGUCCAGUGCCAUUACUAUCUAGAAAGCUUAUUCUGAAGCAUGAUGUGUGUGAGGGGGGAAAAAAACAUGUCAUGUACGCCCGAACUCAGCCAAAGAGCAUAACGCGCGUCCCUUGAGCUGGCGUCAUGCUUUUGUCUGUGCAGUCCAAGUCUGCGAGUUUGAAAUCAAUUUUCCCAUCAUGAGCAGAAUGAAAUCUUCAUCUUCUUGCAGAUUCCUCAAUUAUUUGGUCUUCGAACUUGAAUUAAAAUCUACAUCUUGUUCUGAAAGUAUACAUGACAUUUUGGGAAACUUGCUCAGUGUUUUUUUCUCGCUGUGAAACGGUGAAAAGAUUCACAACAAUUCAAGUUUGUAUCGCAAAUGCUGAGCGACAGCCAGUAGUCUCUUAGCUUAGCUAGUAUCAAACCAACCAACCAACCAACCACAGCAAGCCUGGAUUCUGCCAUGAAGUAAAAUAAAGCUGCAAAUACUCUUUAUUUUUAUCAUUUAAUAUUUUCUGAACGUAUUAACUCAUCCAUAAAUUAUUUCACCACAGUUUUCUUAACCCCAACGGAAUAGAUUAUGUGAUAAUUUUAUUGAUCAAAUUGCAAAUUAUUUUAGAGAUUACAAUUUUAGUUUGAUUAUACUUCAAAAUACUGUAAAAAAGGAAAAAAAAGCUCAUCCCUGUCACAAAGCCACCACUUCAAAUUUCCUGAAGAGUCCACAACCAAAGGAUUUUUUUAUUUGCCAUCAUUGAAAAGAAAAGUUGAGAUUCCUUACAUCAAAUAAGUGGUAAGACAAGUAAAUUAUAGAUUCUUGAAUGUGUUGUGGGUCUGUAGCCUAUUGGCACAGCCAGACUAGCCGUUUCCAAGUGUUCAGUGUCUAUGCUAAUUUAAUCUAAACGCUAGCGGGCUGAAGCUUCAUAAAAAAAUUCAAAGAAAUAAGUAAUUUUAUCAGUGUUGCUUCAGCGAGACAACUCAUAAGCAUAUUUUUUAAUUAUGUCAAUCUACUCCUUCAAACUUUACUACAGAAAGGCCGUCGAGGCCAGGACACCACAAAGCACCGUGCAGCUGAUGCACUGAUCACACACCAGCUAUGUAAGCUGAAUGUACUUUGACUUUUUUAAAAACUUUUAAACCUCAACAGAAAUCCCUUCGCUGGUCACAUCAUCAUGUCUGUUCUCAGUUGUGAUCUCAUGCUGAUUGUUUUGUGUUAUCCAUGCUGGUAGUUCAAUGAAUGUGUUCAUCAAACAUAGAGAUCCUACCAAACUUUGUGCAGGAAUGUCAAACACAAUGAGUCCAGGGCUGCUGCCCGCCAAGGGAAGCAUAGGAUCCUAAAAACACAUGUCAUUGCUUCAACCCCUUAUGCCUUCAAUAUAAAAACAAAAUAUUAGAUAUGUUUGUUUAUAAAAAAAAAUGUAAUUUUAAUAAACACCAAGCAUGUUCUUUAUAAGGAAUGUUUUCCUGAUGAGUUGAAUUAUCUAUUUUGUUUUAAUGUUUAUGUGCGAACUGCUAAGGCCCUCUGAUUUAUUUUAUGUUUGUGAGAAAGAAAGCCCAGGGACAGUUGAAUGACAACAUUUGUUGAGAGUUGUUUCUUGUGAUAAUGAUUUGAUGGGGGGAAAAAAACAAACAACUACGUCUGUUGUGUUGUCAGUUAGUGUGAAACACAGUGCCUUUAUCAUGUUAUCUUUAUAAAUAUCUUUAUUGAACCAAUCCAUACUUUUUAAUGGAACUUUUUACUUUCACUCAGUCCCGUUGUUUUUCUUUCGUUUCUUUUUUUUUUAGCUGCAGUCAUUCUCGCUCACUCCUGUUAGAACCUCUGCUGUAAAUAUGUACAUUAUCAUUUCAUAUGUGUCUUCAGACCUGCACCACAUGUCCACGGUGUUUCUGUUUUUCAAAGGUAAACGCCAAGAUGUCACUGUGCUGGUUCCACUUGUACAUUUCUUUUAAAAAGGUACUUCAUAAUAAAGAUGUUGAAUAAAAAAAAAAAAAA